CUUGAGGGAGCUCUCAGGGAUGAAGGAUUUGUUGGGACCUAAAACAAGAGAACAAAAUCAAAUUAUGGUGGUUUUGCCUUCCCUGUGAAAUUCCAGCAUUUUGGGGGUACAGCUCAGCUCCUUUACUGAGGAUGUCGCUUUUGCUGGCAGGUUGGAGCUGACUCCUGCUGAUUCCUCUGGAAGAGCAAAGGCCAGCAGCAGCAGAAGAGCCUCUAGAACUGGGAGCAGAGUUCCAGGAAGCCACAGAGCCAUGGGAGACAGUUCCCCUGCUUCCCCUGGGCUCUGCCAGGAAUUCAGGCAGGACCCACUCCCCAGGGCUAAGAGGCUGUCGGAUUCCGCAGUGCAGGUGCAGGCCCUGCAGUCAGCUAAGAAAGCCUGUGUGCUGAGGCGUGGCUGCAGCACUCCAGACCCAGCAGGGAAUCCUCUCUUCCCUUCCCCAACCUCUGGCUGCUCCCUUUUCCUGGAGGAGAGUGCCCAGGAUGAGUUUGGUGCCAGUUUUGCUGUGCCCAAAUAUGACGACGUGGCCAUUUCCCUGGACAUCAGCGGGUGUUUCGACGACAGCGAGCUGGAUGACUCCUUGCUGGAGCUGUCAGACAGCGAGAAAGGGAAUUCUCCCUUUGAUUACACCGAGGAAGAGAUCCAGGAAAUCUUGGCAGAUGAUUCCAUGGAAGCUGAGCAGCAGCACCUCGCUGGUGAAAGCCACCUGAGCCAAAGUGUGAGCGGAGAGAGCGACAAUACAGAGAGCAGCGGCUGCAGCGCAGGGACAUUGGUGAGUGAGGCAGCCUCAGAGGAGCCAGAGGAACCCCAGGAGCAUCCCUCAGACAGCUCUGGGUGUGAUCCUGGCUUUUUGGGUGGCAGUGCUGCCCUGGAUGGGUCCCAGCUGCAGGUGGAGCUGGACCUAGACCUGCAGGAGCUGCUGAGCCUGAGCCCGUUCGCUGCCGCCUGCGCCGGUGAGGCUCUGGAGGAAAACAACCUGGAAAGAGAAACUUUGGAUGCAAUGAUAGAUGAUUGUUUGGGAUAUUCCACAGCUGCUGGGAGCUGCAGUCCUGAAAAAUCCACAGAGAGGGUGAUGCCUGAAGGCUGGGAAAGCAUGGAUCAGGAUUGCCUGGGAAGAUCCAUGCCCUCAUCCAACCUCCCCUGUGGCCAGAGCACAGGGGAUGAGAGUCCAGCAUCUGUGAUGCCACCAAAAAAAGAACUUCCCAAAGCAACAAUGAGCUGUUCCUCAAGGAAAUCAGGCUUGCCAAAGGAUGCUGAAGGGGAAUCCACAGGAGCUGAGCAGCCACCAGGCAGCACUAAAUUAAGUGACACAGCUGCAGGCCAGACUGGGCAGGAAGAGCCACCCAGUGGGAAGAAAAGUGGCAAAGUAAUUCCUGUCCCACAGGAGAAGGAAGAAAGGCCAAAACAACGGACCUGCAUUUCAGAAGCACAGCCUGAGCAAAAGAAACGUUUCUCUCCAGGCUGUGGCAGUCCAAGUGAAGAGAAGUGUGGUUAUAACCUCAGGCAAUGGGAACUGCUGUGUAUGGUGAGAGUUUGCCUUGGAGGACCUCCCUCCCAAACAACCCAUGGAUUUCUCAAGAAAAACUUGUAAAAAUCCCUCCUAGAAUUAUCAGUUUUUGGCAAGAAGUUGUUCCUUUGGGUAAAUAGGAGCUGAUUGUGCAGUUUCUGAAGGAGACCUGGGAUUGCUGGGGAGACACCGUGUUCCCUGGGAAGGAGCUGUGAUUCACAUCCUUCACAUGACUGCAGGAUGGAAAAACCCUGGAGUUUGGACUGGGCAAUGACACACUCUGUGCUGGGCUGAGAGCCCCUGGGAAGGGCAGAAUUCCAGGGAAUUUGCCUUUCCCUGAGCUCUGAGUGGAAUCCAGAUCAAGCUGCUUUGGCUGGAGCCCUUCUGGUCACUGCCUGUUCUUGCUGAGCAGUGAAAAGAAAACUCUCUGUGCUGUGAGAGGGGACAGCCCAGUGCCAGGCAAAUGUUCCUGCUCCAAACCAGAUGUUUGGACAGUGGUUUUACAGGAGUGACCCCCAUGGUUGGAAUUUGCUUUGAAAACCAGAUGGUUUUGCUGUUCAAAAAUGUGAUUUCCUGAGUUAAGCUCGUCCCUGUGCAUGAAUAAAA